AUGGCCGAAACCUCUGAGGAGGUCCCCAUCACUGACCCUGUCAACCUCACCGAUGAUGAAGAGAACCAGGCAACGAAUUUGCCCGCUCCUAUCUCGGUGAACCUGCAGAAGAUCAGCAUCUUGGAGGAAACCACUGAUGACAUUGAGGAGUGGAUUGAGGAAGCAACCUUUGUGCUAAACCCCCUUUGUCUUCAACAGCUGCUGGAUUACUCGAUCCCACGACCGGAGAAAGGAGAUGCUGACUAUAAGAGAUGGGUGUACUGGUCAGCGACUGUAGCAGGUUGGCUAUAUAGCCACCUUCACUCAAGUCUCAAGACCAUCAUCCGUCCAUCCUUGCGUCAGAAACAGAAAAGCAUAGGGAUCAAGCUAAGUGAAAAAGCCGAGACCAUCUACGCCGAUACCCUUAUGAAAGAGAUUCUUAAGGUAAUUCGUGGCGGCAACUUGGCUAAUCAAAUCAUUAACGACAUUACGAAAUUCACGACGUUAAAGCGAAACAGUUUCGCUACCGUGAAGGAAUACAUUGUCGCCUUCCGGAAGCUGCUUGGCAUUCUUGAAAGACAAGGCCAUGCACCUACCCCGCUGUUUUCAUUCACAUACAUCAUCAAUGAGCUCAAACAAGAAUCUCAGAAGAUCACUUUCAUCAAAGAACGAAUCACCUCAAAGUCGACUAUCACUAUGGAAGAGCUCGAUGACUUCUGCCUGGAAUUACAGAUUGAAUCUGAAGGAAAGGAAACCGGCAACGCAUUAGCUGCUCGAGGCGGGCGUACCAAUAACAAGAAGAAGAAGUCACCAAACACCAAGGGUAGCGACAACAAGACACAGACCCAAACACCUGCUACCUCCGAGUCACAGUCCCAGUCUGACAAUAACUCCGGAAAGAAGUUCCGUGGUGCACCCCCGAAGGGUAAAGACAUUCACCAAUACGCUAAGGAGAAGCGUGAAGCAGAGAAGCAAGUGGAUGACAACGGUAACUGCAGUUUCUGUGGACUUGGUCCCCACAAUGCCAAGAAUUGUUACCACCUUGCCGACAACAUUGUUGGAGACUGGAAGUUUCACAGGGGUGUGUGGGCAUAUACUCUUGCGAAGAAGAAGCAAGACGGCUCUUGUGGAAUGGCUAUCACAGCGAUGGCUACUGGCAACGUCGACCAAAGAUGGCUGCUGGAUUCAGGUUCCAGAGAAACAAUGACAAGCCAUUAUGGAGAUUUCUUCACUUAUGACCCUGUCCCCGCCACACAUGCAUAUGCAUAUCGAGCUGUCACUGGCGAGCGUGUCAUCACAAAGGGCAAAGGCAUGAUCCUCGUCCAAGCCAAAGAUCGUAACGGCAUUAUCAAAAGUGUGCUUGUUGCAGGCUGGUACAGCCCCACAAUGGAUGGUAGGAUACUAUCCACAGAACGUCUAAGGAAAGACUGGAAUUUGUUUCACAACCUAAGACAUGAAUGCCUCGAAGAAGAAGACGGCACUUUAUUCGGUCUUACAGACACUGCGCCAGGAGUCCCUUACCUUAUUGGCCCAUUAAACGACGAUGGAGGACGUCAACCACUAGAAGACGAUGACCUCUCCGACAUUUAUGAUGGCUACGUUGAUGAUGAAGGCUACGAAUCCUCACUUUACGGCAUAGAGUCCAGUGACGAAGAAGACACUAAUGAUAAUGAUGGAAUUGCAUUCCGAGCGCUCUCCGCAAUGGAAAUUCACCGCCGUCUCGGACACGUCGGUAAGGCUAAGAUGUCUGCAACAAUCAAGGAUGCCAUUAUGGUUGAAGACCUUGAAAUGCCAAGUUGUUUAGAUAUCGACUGCGAAGCCUGCCUGCUUGCCAAAUCGAGAAGGAAGGUCUCCCGAGAACCCCAGGUUCGAGUCCAGGAUGCCGCUUGGAAGUUCCACAUCGAUACACAAACCAUGUCUCCACCUGGCCCAAAUGGAGAGAAGUACUGGGUUCCAAUCGUUGACGAUGCUACCAGGAUGGGUAGAGGCAUCUUCACAAAGACGAAGGAAGAGAUAUCUACCCGCAUGAUCGAAUUCUGCGAGGAAAUGAAGCUGCUGACAGGUAGAUACCCCGGUAUUUGGCGCCUCGACAACGGCACCGAAUUCAAAAGAUUCAUUACGUGGGGAAAGAAACGUGGGUUCGUCUUUGAGCUCACUCCUCCGUACACUGCAGAACCAAACGGCACAGCCGAAUGGUAUGGUGGCUAUAUCAAUGAGAUUGGAAGGACCAUGAUUGUUGACUCAGGACUCGAUGAAACGCUCUGGCCAUUUGCUCACCAAGCUGCUAUCUACAUUGUGAACCGUCUUGCAAACAGCGAGACCGGUAAAUCACCAAUCACCCUCUGGCGUGAGCUUCUUCACAUUCAAAAUACCAAGCCAACUCUCAAGCAUCUACGGCCAUGGGGAUCCACUGCCUAUGUGCACAUUCCGAAAGAUAAGCGAGUGCAAUCUCGGAAGGCCGCACCCCGCGCCUGGAAGGGCUACCUUAUCGGCUAUGAGGGGGAUGGCGGUCAUGUUUACCAGAUCUGGGAUCCCGUGAACCAGGAGAUGAAGAGAUCUCGUGAUGUUACUUUCCACAAACCUAGUGACGAGCAUGACGACGGUGAAACAGGGGCUGUAUCACUUCCCCCUGGCCCUCCGAAGGCUCCCAACAAUCCUGGAAAUGCAGGAAUUUAUCAAACUUCAUUCAUUGGCUCGGGCGAGCAAGCAAAACCACAGUCAACAAUUCAGCAAGACCGACCACAGGUCCGAGAAGCUACUCCGGCACAGCCUUCACAGACCAUUCUGCCAGACAGCAUCUCCAGUUACAAGACGACUCCCGGGAUCAUUCCCCGAAGAGAGAUUCGACAAAUUGAACAAGCACCGUCUUUGCACAUACCCUCGAGCACACACCUAUUCGACAGGUCCACAGCUGCUUCUCGUCCCCGGACUCGACCCACUUUGUUACGUGCGCAUGCACCUUUGCAGAGAAUUACCGAGGAGGUUAUUCAACCUCAGCGGAUGCGCGCUACAGAAGACAGUGGCGACGAGCAACGAAGAGCUAUACUGAAUGAACGCCUAAAUCGACUACAGGAAGAUAUCGAGACCAUGAGCAAUGAAUGGCAGGAUAUACGCCAAGAAACUGAGCGCAUUGAGGAAAGGAUUUCAAACAGAUCUACAUCUAUUGAACCUACUCCUACCCCUGCUGUUGCUACUGCUCCUGCCUCACACCACACGCCAGAUAGGCCUCGCUCUCCUCAGGAAUACCGAUUCCCAUUCCUAUCACCAGAUCAGUUACGCCUUUAUAGGGAAGAGAGUGAGCAGGUGAGCGAGCAGACAGAUCAGCGAGCGAAUCAGCAGACGGUGAUCCACAUGUCUAUUGAGAAAGACUCAUCUCCAGUGCCAGCACCAGUCUCACCAUCAUCAUCAUCGCAUGAUCAAGUUGCUUCUGUUACCAAAGAAGUUAUCUCAGUCAGUUCUACACCAGAUCCAACCCUCCCACCCCCUUCACGACGAGUAUCACAUCGCCGAACCAAGGGAUGCCCUCCGGAGCGGUACUCCGACCCGAAUCGACCCCUCCUUUCCGUCGAGCGUGCAUCGAUUGCCAGAAUGCAGAAGAAGCGACCACGACUCGAUCGUCACGAGAAAACAAGUGCGGAGGAAGGUGGUAACAACGGGGAGGAGGGUGUUGGACAGAGAUCUGCGGGAUCUGUUGAUGAUGCUGAAGCCGCGCCUGCUUCCUCGAGAACUGAUUCCGAGGGACCAGCAGCCCUCGCUGUCACUGCUCCUGUCAAACCAAUCAUCAUAUUUAAUGAUAAGCCCCUUCAUGGAAAGGAUGUCAUUAUUCCCACUACAUACAAACAAGCACAGAAAUCCCCUCACUGGGAAUUCUGGCACGCUGCUAUGGCUCAACAAAUCGAGGAUCUGAAUGCACAAAAGACAUACACUCUGGUACUCAAACCAAAACGUGCGAGCGUUCUACCUGGCAAGUGGGUGUACACUGUGAAAACAAACACCGACGGAUUUGUUAAUACCUUCAAAGCACGCUGGGUUGUGUGUGGAAAUUUCCAGCAAAAGAAAGAUGACCGGGAAGAUUGCUAUGCCCCUGUGGUCUCCGAAGCACUGAUCAAGAUCGUGCUAAGCCUCAUUGCUAUCUACAAUCUGAAAUGGAGGCAGGUUGACUUCACUGCAGCAUAUUUGAAUGCUUCCCGUGCUCACAGAGAGGUUGUGUACAUGCAGCAGCCCUCUGGUUUCGAAUAUCAUGACGACGAAGGAGGGAUCAAGUCCUGGGUGUGCUCCCUAGACCAAGCUUUGUAUGGUCUUAGGGAUUCUGCAUUCUUAUGGAACGAAGAGCUAGACAAGACCCUUUGUGGUAUGGGUUUCCAACCAUUGGAAGAUGACCCCUGUGUUUACAAGAAAGGUGUCGGAGCAAAGAUGACCAUUCUAAUGCUUCAUGUUGAUGAUUUCAUUGUUGCUGCUCCUUCUGAUGAAGAGAUUGACGCCCUGAUCGCUCAACUAAGCAAGCAUUACCCCCUGAAAGACCUCGGUGAACCGAAACAGUACCUUGGCUGCUUGCUAGAGCGAGACUACGACGCCGGGACUAUUCGGAUGUCCCAGAAAGCCUAUGUCCAAAAGAUCCUGCACAAAGCAGACAUGUUGCACUGCAAAGGAAGGAGUAUCCCAUUACCGGCAACAUGGAACUGGUCCGAAGGCCACGAGGAUGCAACGUCGACCCUCGAAGAUAAUGACGACUACUUAUCAGUUGUGGGAAGUCUGAACUGGUUGGCAAUGCGUACGCGCCCCGAUAUCAGGUUCUAUGUUACAAAGCUACAACACAAAUCUGCGAAUACCACUAUUCACGACCAAGAAGCCAUGGUGCAGGUCCUUCGUUACCUCCGAGAGCAUCCAGAUCGUGCGAUCACACUCGGAAAGAAGAAGGAGUUACAGUUCUAUGCCUAUGCCGACGCUUCACACGGAGACAACCUGAACUACAAGUCAACUGAGGGCGCAGUCUGGUUCUUUGGAGGUAGUCCAAUCCAAUGGUCAACCAGGAAACAGACUAUUAUGGCCCCGUCAACCACGGCCGCCGAAUGGUGCGCACUUGAUCAGCCUGCACGGGACGGCAUGUGGCUUCGCAAACUUGCCAUAGCCUUUGUUUUUCCCAGAGCAAGCGAUCCGUUGGUGAUCUACACAGAUAACAUCAACACUCAGCUACUCUUGAACAAGAAGACUGGUCGCAACUCGACAAGAUGGCUUAACAUGCGAUAUUUCUUUGUGAAAGAUGCUGCUGCCAAGGGCUACAUUGACCUCGAAAGGGUUGAGAGCAAGGCCAACGUGGCGGAUGGUUUCACGAAGCCACUCGGAGAAGAAGCGUUCCCCGGAUUCAUCACACAGCUAGGGAUGUGA